UUUGGAAGUUGCAAUCUACGAAUUUUAUCGCCGAUCAGUAAAAACCCAAAUCUGUUUUCUCAUAAAUGGAUCUCUACUAGUUCAAGUCAACACUCUUUUGCAGUCUCAUACCUCAUAAACUCACUUGGGUUUUCUCCAGAAUCUGCUUUUUCAUCUUCUAAGUAUGUCAAUUUUAAGAGUCCUGAGAAACCAGACAAAGUCAUAAACUUGUUCAAAAAGUAUGGUUUCACCCAAAUCCAAAUCUCAAGCCUUUGUAGAAGAAAACCUAUACUACUCUCACUUGAUGCUGAGGACAUCAUUUUGCCGAAAUUGGAGUUUUUUGAAGCCAAAGGCUUUUCAGGCCCUGAAAUAGCUAAAAUGGCAUAUGUAUUUCCUAAUAUCUUGGCAAGUAGCUUAACCAAUCAGAUUAUGCCCUCUUACGAUUUGAUUAGGAAUUUGUUUCAAUCCGAGGAGAAGGUCGUUGUUACUGUUAAACGAUUUCCUAAUAUCCUCACACACAAUAUUGAGAAAUAUGUAGUGCCAAACGUUGAUAUUUUGCGAGAACAUGGAGUGCCUGAAUUCAGAAUAGCCAGACUGAUGCAGGACUAUGCUGGCUGUUUCAUUACAACUCCUCAUUAUUUCCGGAAGGCUGUGGAGAAAGCGGUGGAGAUGAGGUUUAAUGCUUCAAAUGUAAACUUUGUUCUUGCAGAAAAUGUAUUGCGGUGGCUGAGCAAAUCAAAGUGGAAAAGUAAGAGCGGUGGCUGAGCAAAUCAAAGUGGUAAAGUAAGAGCAGUGGCUGAGCAAAUCAAAGUGGAAAAGUAAGGUUGAUGCACAUAAAAAGUGGGGUGUGUCCGAGGAAGAGGUUUUGAAAGCCUUUAAAAAGAGUCCUUGGUUCAUGAUGGUAUCUGAAGAUAAGCUUAUGGCGUCUAUGGAUUUCUUCAUCAACCAAAUGGGUUGGAAACCUUGUCUUAUUGCUCAGUGCCCAGUGAUCCUUACAUUGAACUUGAAGAAGAGAGUGGUCCCAAGGUGUUUGGUAUUUCAAGUUCUACUCUCAAUAGGUUUGGUGAAGAAGGAGGUUGGAAUUGCUAUGUUAUUGCUAGUUUCAGAAGAGAAGUUUGUCACGCCUUGUAAGGAGGAAUUUCCAGAGUUGUUGAAGUUGUACAAGGAAAAAUUGGAUCUUUUGAUUGAUGAUAAGGCAUAAAAGUAUAUUGCAUAGUAAGAUUAAGCAAUCUUCUGAAUGCUUAUAUAAUAGAUCAAUUUUCCCUUGUCAAGUUAGAUGAUAUAGUUGAGAUAGUUUCAUUCUUGUGUAUCCUUAUGUUGAGAUCCAAGAAUGGAUUCUUUGUUUGUAAUUGAUGUUUAAAUCAAUCUGCUGGUGUCUGAAUAUGACCGCCUGAUCUUGUCUUUAAAAUUCAGGCCUGUUGAAGCAAUCACUGGAUACU